UUUGACGUUGACCCAUUCCAUCUCGACCUGUGUUUAUAAAAGUGACAGGCAGUCGGACGAAAACCCAAACUUUACUCGCGUUUAUCCUCUGUUUUCUACUUUUUUUCAUCAGUUUUAUCUGACGGGAACCUGCUUGUUGAACAAACUCGCAUCAUUACAUCCUCGGUGUCCCGGUUGCGGCCAACGUGCUGGUGUGGACGGAGGUUUAGCGAAGCUUUUAAGGUAAAGUCAGUCCCGCCGACCCGAUGCUCUCCUCGGGCAGGACCGUCUCCUCCCGGCUGCUGAGGCCGGCCUCGUGGCUUCCUUUCCGCCUGUGUCCUGAGCGGACGGCCGUCAGCUCCAUGCCGAAAGAGCUGAUCAAGAAGCAUGAACUGGAGAAAGAUGAGCUGCGACCCCUCUACAUGGACUUCCAGGCGACCACACCUAUGGACCCUCGUGUGCUGGAUGCAAUGUUGCCGUACCACGUGAAUUACUACGGCAACCCCCACUCCAGGACUCACGCCUAUGGUUGGGAGAGCGAGACGGCCAUGGAGACGGCCAGGAAGCAGGUGGCCGAUCUUAUCGGAGCCGAUCCCAGAGAAAUCAUCUUUACCAGCGGAGCCACAGAGUCCAACAACAUGGCCAUCAAGGGCGUGGCCAGGUUCUACAAGGCCAAGAAGCGUCAUGUGAUCACAACGCAGACCGAACAUAAAUGCGUUCUGGACUCGUGUCGCGUUCUGGAGGCUGAAGGAUUCACCAUCAGCUACCUGCCUGUCCAGAAGAAUGGACUGCUGGACCUGGAGUUACUGGAGGCCUCCAUCGGCCCGGAAACCUCACUGGUGUCUGUGAUGACCGUCAAUAACGAGAUUGGAGUCAAGCAGCCCAUCAAGGAAAUCGGUCAGAUUUGCCGAUCUAAAGGCGUCUUCCUUCACACUGAUGCUGCGCAGGCUGUUGGAAAGAUUCCCAUGAGUGUCACUGACUGGAAGAUUGAUCUGAUGUCCAUUAGCGGUCACAAGAUCUACGGACCCAAAGGUGUUGGCGCCCUGUACGUGCGCCGCAGGCCUCGGGUUCGUUUGGAGCCGCUGCAGAACGGGGGCGGGCAGGAGAGGGGUCUCCGCUCCGGCACGGUGCCCACCCCGCUGGCCGUUGGACUGGGCGCCGCCUGCAGCAUCGCUCAGAAGGAGAUGGAGUACGAUGAACGGAGAGUGUCCAUGCUGGCCAACCGUCUGGUGCAGAAGAUCAUGUCUGAGAUUCCUGACGUUAUCUUGAAUGGAGACCCAGAACAACGCUACUCUGGGUGCGUUAAUCUUUCAUUUGCCUACGUGGAAGGGGAAAGUCUGUUGAUGGCCCUGAAGGAUGUCGCGCUGUCAUCUGGGAGUGCGUGUACAUCAGCCUCUCUAGAGCCAUCGUACGUUCUCAGAGCCAUCGGAGCAGACGAGGACCUUGCUCACUCUUCCAUCAGGUUUGGUAUUGGCAGGUUCACCACAGAAGAAGAAGUUGAUUACACAGCAGAGAAAUGCAUUCAGCAGGUUCGCAGACUCAGAGAGAUGAGUCCGCUGUGGGAGAUGGUUCAGGAAGGCAUCGACCUGAAGAGCAUCAAGUGGACGCAGCACUAAGUCCCCACGCAUUUCUGCUCCGUAGUUGCCGAAAAUGAUUACGGUUCCUUAGAAACUCUUGGGAUGGUCCAGCUUCUCCUCCUCUCUCUAAACAAACACGCACAAAACUUCCUGUCCGACUUGAAGUCCGUUUGUAGCUGUAGCUCUUCGUCUUUGUAAAAAAAAAAAAAAAAAAAUACUGCCCGAGUUGGUCUCUCAGGAGAUGUCAACCAGCAACGCACACCGCAGUCUCUGAUGGUUGUAUUCUAUAAGGAGGCAUUCACAAAGUGUGCAGCUUUAUACCAUCUCAGAUGCAGCUUGAAAGCUGAGUCCAGAAAAAUGCUACGGGAACCCAACAAAUCCUGAUAAUUGAUAAAACUAUAAGGUAAAACGAACAGAAUAUGUCACGUGUGCCAUUUUUGAGUAAGACUCACGGAGGGGAAACGACUAUUAUGUCGUUUAAAUUAAUUUGCAAAAGCAAAAUUAUCUUACCUGCUGUUGUGCAUUUUUCACAUUUAUAACAAUGUGCUAAAGUUAAUAUGCAUCUAAUCAGCUCACAUGACCUGACACACCAAAGAUUUGAACAAACUCAUCUUGCAGUGUUUCAUGCUGUAUAUGGAUGCAGUCAUACCUCUUUAGUAUGUCUCUGUUUGGAUCACAUGUCAAUCAUCCAGGUGUCCACUCGGGUCUAAGGCUGGUUAAAAGCUUUUUAUGGUAAAAUUCAGCUCACUGAUUCAACUUUGAUCUUGUUAAAAUGGGAACAGUGUCAGAAAAAUGAAUGGCCUUUUGAUGACUUAAAAAAAAAAAGUGUACACCUACCAUCAAUUAUGAGGAGUCUCACACACACGAUGCUGCCAUGUUUCACUGUUGGGGCGGUGCGUUCAGGGGGUGCCCAUGAUUAAAUCAUAAGGUGUCGAUGGUUCGGAUGAUUUAAAAGGAAGUGAUUUUGUUACAUCUUUAAGCAGGCAUUUGUAUAGACGUUGAAUUUAACAGUCUUUUUGUUUUUGAUACAGAGAAUGUUACGUGAAAAUGCUACCUGGAUGAGAAACGGUCCAAUUCACUGGACAAAAAAAACAAAAGUUGAAACUGAAGAAAGCAGGUGUCAGUUUACCUCAUCCUAUUUUUAUGAUUCGCCUGAAUUCAGAAAAGAAAACCCAGAAGGUUCUCUAAAUCAACACAUGGAAAGCAAAAUAAAACCUCUCAAUUAUAGAUUAUUCCUUUUCUUUUUUUUUCUCAAGUCUUAUGUUGCUGGGCUCCUCCAGCUCUUGUAUUUCAUCACAGUUUCUGCUGUCAAAUGCUGUUACACAGUGCUCGUCAGUACCCAAUAAAAUCCCUUCUUUAAGGUUAUGCAAUCAGUA